CCACGUGUGAAGCACAGGCAGCAAGUGUCCAUCAUUUUCUGAUCAAAGUACUCCUCAGACCUCGUCUUUAUUGGUAUGUUUAUCCUGCCAGUGUGAUAUGCUCGUCUCCUCCAGUUAACAUGGACUUCUCGUGGAAAAUCGUCUUUUUCAUUAUUCUGCUCACGUUCAAGCUACACGCUUUGCCUGCAGAAUACGGUGGAGAUGCCGACGCAGGCGAAUUGCGGGAGGAUAUUCUUGAAAUAAAUUCAGAAUCCCAGAGAGAUUUGUUUGAGGGAGAUAUUGCAGGAGAUCCAAGAAGGAACGCAAUCGUGGAUGAAACAAAAAGAUGGAAGUUUCCCAUUCCCUACAUACUGACUGAUACUUUAGAACUAAAUGCAAAAGGUGUAAUCCUUCAAGCACUGGAAAUGUACCGUCUGAAGUCCUGUGUAGACUUCAAGCCCUAUGAAGGAGAGAGCACCUACAUUUCUUUCACCAAGUUGGAUGGGUGCUGGUCAUUUGUUGGAGAUUUUCAGACAGGCCAGAAUAUUUCUAUUGGAGAAAGAUGUGACACGAGGGCCAUUGUUGAACAUGAACUCCUCCAUGCUCUGGGCUUUUACCAUGAGCAGUCACGGUCAGACAGAGAUGAUUAUGUUCAAAUCUGGUGGGACCAAAUCAUUGAAGGAAAGGAGCACAACUUCAACAAAUAUGAUGACAGCUUUAUCACUGAUUUAAACACCCCAUACGACUAUGAGUCCAUCAUGCACUACAGGCCGUUCUCCUUUAACAAAGACCCUGACAUCCCAACCAUCACCACAGCCAUUCCUGCCUUCAAUGAGAUUAUUGGACAGCGUCUGGAUUUCAGUGCCAUUGAUCUGGAGAGACUGAACCGCAUGUAUGACUGUGCUGAGACCCGCACUCUGCUGGACCAGUGUGCCUUUGAGCAGAUCAACAUCUGUGGCAUGAUCCAGAAUGAGAACGACAAUGCAGACUGGGUUCAAACUUUGAGCUCGGUGGAUGGGCAAGAUCACACUCUCGGAGGACAGUGUCGAGAUGCUGGCUAUUAUAUGCAAUUUAAUACCACUAAUGAAGAGGUCGGACACAGUGCUUUGCUGGAGUCUCGUAUUCUGUACCCUAAGAGGGGCUACCAGUGCCUGCAAUUCUUCUACAGGAUGACUGGUGGUCUUGGUGACCAGCUGGUUAUUUGGCUAAGAAUGGACGAUGGCACUGGUGAUGUUCGUAAAGUCAGGAAAGUGCACACUAUUGUGGGUGAUACUGACGACACAUGGAACAUCGCAUACGUGAAUCUGAAUGUCAAAGAAAAAUUCCGUUACAUCUUCCAGGGCAUUGUGGGUUCAGAAAAGACAUCUGGGGCAAUCUUCAUCGAUGACAUCAUUCUGUCUGAGACAACCUGCCCGAGUGCUGUGUGGAGGAUCCAGAAAUUCACUGGAUUGCUUGAAAGCACCCCAAAUGGCAAAAGUGUCCGCAGUGCUUGCUUCUACAGCUCAGAUGGCUAUGGAUAUGGCGUUGAUGUGUACCCUAAUGGCAGGAUCAACUCGUCUGCAGACUACGUGGGUGUGACAUUUCACCUGUGUAGUGGUGAGAGUGACACAGUAUUAGAAUGGCCAGCUAUUAAUAGACAAGCCACCAUCACCUUCAUGGAUCAAGAUCCAGAUGUGACCCUUCAGAUGUCCAACAGCAGAAGCUUCACCACCGACAAUUCUUCUCAGUGGAAUAGGCCCUCUGUAUCUGGAACAUGGGAUGUUGAUUGUCAAUGCUUCAGAGGGAUUGAGUUUGGCUGGAGCAGCUUCAUGUCCCAUCAGCAGCUCAAGAGGAGAAGCUUCCUCAAGAACGAUAACUUGAUCAUCACUGUUGACUUUGAGGAUUUGAGUCAUCUCAUAAAAUCGGAGGUUCCUGUUCAAAACAAAUUCUCUGAGGAAUCUCUAGCUGUGGAGGAGACCUUGGCCCUUGUCCCGAAAGCUCGAGAGGCUCGUGCUGUCAGUGACCCCUGUCAGCUUAACCCCUGCCUCAAUGGAGGAGUGUGUAUCAAUAACCAAGGCAAGGCUUCAUGCAGGUGCCCCUCAAACCAAAUUUCAGUGUUCUUGGGGGAAAUAUGUGAGAAUCAGCGUAUCAAUGGAGGAAUCCUGGGGAUUAUUCUUGGAGGUGCUGCAGGCACCGUGGCUCUCGCUGUUGCCAUUAUCGUCACCAUCCGCAGACAACACUAG